AUGAUUGAACUUGGAGCUUACUUGAAUUAUGUCGAUCUAGUUUCUUACGAUGAUAACCUCUCUAAUUCAUCUUACAAAACACUUUUUUUAAAUUCAGACUUCGGAAGUUCAUUGGUAAAGAAAUUCUUUUAUUUAGUCUUUUCUCUUAGUAUUCUAAUCACCGCCAUGUAUAUCGCAUUAUAUCGAGGGUCUUGGACAGAACAAAAGGGUCCUUUUGCUUGGUUUGAAAUGUUGCAGUUAAUUAUGUGGUUCUCUGCAUUUAUGGCAAACCUUUAUGACAUUUUCCAUGGUGCCGUUGGUCUUUGUCAACAAUACCGUUCUGCGUAUUCACUUGAACAAAUUCCAGAUGAACCAUUAAUAGUCUGUGACACCUACAUCGCUUCAAUAACUUUUAAAGCUGCUAGAUUUAUACGUAUUGAACAACCUGAUAAUGUUAAUGAAAAAGUUGUUAUUGAAAUUGAAAAAAAUGAUUUUGACAUUAAUUCGGACUUGGAAAUAAAUAAUGAUAAGGAAGUGAAUGGUGAUGAUAGUAAACGAAAUGAAUCUAUAUGUUGA